UUCGUCCAGAGAAAGUAGGUCUGUGUUUCACCGGGCUGCUAGGUUCUAUUUCCUGGGUGCUUAGGGCACCCAGGCAUCCUUCAGGAUAACCAAGCCGGGCAAACUUCCUUGAGGCCUCGCCCAGUUAUUUCAACCACGUGGGUUGAGGCACAUUUCCUUAAAGGUCCUUACUGCAGUCCGGGAUUUCUAAGCACUGAUAUCAGGGAGACACAGUUCUUAGAUAAUCAGGCUUUUUGCACAAAGAAAAGAAAGAUUUGAAGAAUUGCCAGCAGGAAUGACGGACAGAAGCCCCUUUGAAACCGAUAUGCUCACUCUGACCCGCUAUGUUAUGGAGAAAGGACGUCAGGCCAAAGGGACAGGGGAGCUCACGCAGCUGCUGAACUCCAUGCUGACAGCCAUCAAAGCCAUUUCCUCAGCAGUGCGCAAGGCCGGUCUAGCCAACCUGUAUGGAAUUGCGGGAAGUGUGAACGUGACAGGGGAUGAGGUGAAAAAACUGGACGUGUUGUCCAAUACCCUGGUGAUCAACAUGCUCCAGUCCUCCUACAGCACCUGUGUCCUGGUCUCAGAAGAGAAUAAGGAGGCGAUUAUCACAAACAAGGACAGGCAGGGGAAAUAUGUGGUCUGUUUUGACCCUCUGGAUGGAUCUUCCAACAUCGACUGCUUAGCCUCCAUUGGAACCAUAUUUGCCAUCUACAGAAAGAUGUCAGAGGACGAGCCUUCCGAAAAGGAUGCCCUACAGCCUGGCCGCAAUAUUGUGGCCGCAGGUUAUGCUCUCUAUGGUAGUGCGACCUUGGUGGCUCUUUCCACAGGGCAAGGAGUGGACCUCUUCAUGCUUGACCCAGCUCUUGGUGAAUUUGUCCUAGUGGAAAAAGAUGUCAAGAUUAAAAAGAAAGGAAAGAUUUACAGCCUCAAUGAGGGCUAUGCCAAGUACUUUGAUGCUGCCACCACGGAAUAUGUGCAGAAAAAGAAAUUUCCUGAGGAUGGUAGUGCUCCCUAUGGGGCUAGGUACGUGGGCUCCAUGGUGGCUGAUGUGCACCGCACCCUGGUCUAUGGAGGAAUCUUCCUGUACCCAGCGAACCAGAAAAGUCCUAAGGGCAAGCUCCGGCUCCUAUAUGAGUGCAAUCCUGUGGCCUACAUCAUUGAGCAGGCGGGAGGCUUGGCAACCACAGGCACACAACCUGUGCUGGACGUAAAGCCUGAGGCCAUUCACCAAAGAGUCCCACUCAUUCUGGGGUCCCCAGAUGAUGUGCAAGAAUAUCUUACUUGUGUACAGAAAAACCAGUCUGGCAGGUAGUGAGUUUGACCCCACAAGCCCUCUUUGUCUUUUCCAUUGUAUUAAAACUGAUAAUUGGAAGCAAUGUGAUGAGUAAUAAAAGAUAAAUGCACCAAAUCACAUCCAAAGGAACAGUGGCAAACUGCUCAUGAUAUGCCUGGAAGCUAGUGGUCAAUGUAAAGGGCUGAAAAUAAAAACCCAUAUGGGGAAAAAUGCUGAUUUGUCUUUUGUCAUGAGAAUCA